AAUGUAAAAUACGUUUUUAUUUUUUAUAAAUGAUUCUUUUUUUUUUCUUUUUUUUUUACGUAAAGUUAUUUUUUGCUCUGUGCCGUCACAUUUACCCGACACGCGGUGAUAAACACCGUGACGUCAUAUGUGUGGGACGCCGUGCUGCCGGUGGAUGGAAGGAUGAAGGUGAAAGAAUAAAAAAUGAAAUCAGUUUAAAUGAUUUAGUCUGAACCACAGAUUAUUUACACAGCAGAGAGCCGGAUACAGGUCACCUGACGGCUGACGUCACACAGGAGGGGUCGCCAUGUUGAGUGUGGCGGGGUCGUUGAGGACCAGCGUCCUGCAGCUUCCUGUACGAGGAGUCUGUUCUGCAACAUUCAACAGGAAGUCAUCUGCACCUGGUCACACCUGUACUGCACCGCCGUCAGCUGGAUGUCCUGCAGUUUGCUGUCACAUGUUACCUGUCAGGACGCUGUCAGCUGUCAGGACGCUGUCAGCUGUCAGGACGCUGUCAGGUGUAGGGACGCUGUCAGGUGUUGGGACGCUGUCAGGUGUUGGGACGCUGUCAGGUGUUGGGACACUGUCAGGUGUUGGGACGCUGUCAGGUGUUGGGACGCUGUCAGGUGUUCGGAGGCUCUCAGGUGGAGGCCAUGAUGACAGUGCAGGUGCAGUCGGCUGGUACAGCAGCCUCUCUGACUCGGCUCCGGUUCACCUGAGCGAACACUUCCUGGUGAGCGUGCAGCAGAUGAGCGGGCUGCCGUGGUGGCUGAGCAUCGUCGUGGCGACGCUGUCGGUCAGGACGCUCAUCACUCUGCCGCUCGCCGCCUACCAGAUGGUGAUCAUAUCCAAGGUGGAGGCACUGCAGGCGGAGAUCUCAGAGCUGGCGAAGAGGCUUCGAUACGAAGUUUCAGUCCGAGCACGAGAAAGAGGCUGGACGGAGAAAGAGUGCCGGUUUCAGUUCAAGAAGAAUCUGCGUCGUAUCGUCUCUCAGCUCUACGUCAGAGACAACUGUCACCCGUUCAAAGCCAGUGUGCUGGUCUGGGUUCAGCUGCCUCUGUGGAUCAGCCUCUCUCUGGCCCUCAGAAACCUGAGUCUGGAUCAGUCCGCGCUGCACUCUGACCUGGCAGCAGGGGGCGCUCUGUGGUUCCCUGACCUCACCUCACCUGACUCCACCUGGAUCCUACCUGUCUGCCUCGGACUCAUCAACCUGCUCAUCGUAGAGGUGUUUUCUCUGCAGAGAGUCAACCCGUCUCGUUUACAGAAGACUGUGACGAACUUCAUCAGAGCGUUCUCAGUGUUAAUGAUUCCCAUCGCUGCCACUGUUCCUUCUUCCAUGGCUCUGUACUGGUUUACCUCCAGUCUGGUGGGAUUCAGUCACAACCUCUUCCUUCGUUCUGCUACGAUCCACAAAAUCCUCAAACUGCGAAGUCACAGAUCAGACUCUCCGUACAGAGACCUGCUUUCCGCCUUCAUCACCAAAUACUGCAGAUAAAGACACAGACGGAUCAGAGACAUAUUUAUAAGAUAAAUCAGUGACAGAACAUUUCAUUGAUAUUUAACUGCUGUUCAGCUGGUUGUGAUGUUGAGAUGUUGUAUUGAUCCAGUCAUUGAUUGAUCUGUUGAUUAAUAAACUGAAACUUGUGUUGAUAUGAG